AAGUCAAAAUUGGAAGUAUCCAAAAUUUUCUGAGACUAUCAACUGAGCACUGAAAAUCCAAAAGCAAUUAAAAUCCAACAUUCUUUGGGGUUCCAAUGGACUCAAAUCGAAAGCCCAAAAGCGUUCUUGAUUCUGUGGGUGAAGAAAUAGUGAGAAUCAUUACACCAGUCUCAAUUUGCAUGCUCUUGGUAGUCAUUCUUGUUUCAGUCCUAAACAAUGAUUCAGAUUCCUCAGGCUCUUCAUUUCCCUCUAUAGCCACAUAUGCCUAUACUGAAAACAGCUCUGACUCAAAUUGGGACAAAUUAAAAGGUGCCCUUUUGAAUGCUUUAGUCUUUGUUGUUGUUGUUACUGCUGUUACAUUCCUUUUGGUGUUACUUUUCUACUUCAGGUGUACCAAAUUCUUGAAAUACUACAUGGGUUUCUCUUCUUUUCUUGUUUUGGGAUUUAUGGGUGGUGAAAUAUCUCUGUUCUUGAUUGGGAAAUUCAGGGUCCCUAUUGAUUGUGUUACUUUUGGUUUGAGUUUGUUUAAUUUCACUGUUGUUGGGGUUUUAGCUGUGUUUAUGUCGAAAACGGCGAUUAUAAUUACUCAAGGGUAUUUGGUUGUUAUUGGAGUGUUGGUUGCUUAUUGGUUUACACUUUUGCCUGAAUGGACUACUUGGGUGCUUUUAGUUGCUAUGGCAUUGUAUGAUCUUGCGGCUGUUUUGUUGCCUGGUGGGCCUUUAAGGCUACUUGUUGAGCUUGCAAUAUCUAGGGAUGAAGAUAUCCCGGCUUUGGUUUAUGAGGCCCGGCCUGUUAUCAAUCCUGAUUCGGUUCCAAGGGGUGCUGUUGUGCAAAGGAGAGUGUGGAGAGAAACACGGGACAAUGAUUUGGGAUCCGAUGAAAAUUUGGACUCUACGUCUAACUUGAAUUCAACUGUCAAUUCUGGUUUGGAAUCAAAUUCUGGUCUUGAAAGGCUCGGUGAUGAGAAUGAGAGGAAUGGGGUUGAUGUGGAGGAUGGUCAAGUUUCAAGAGCAGAUUCUGAGCUGGCUGCGCCGUUAAUUCAGCAUAGGAUAAAUGUCCGAAUGAAUUUACAGGAAGGGGGGUCGAAUGAUGAUUUUGCACUUGAAGGAAUUGGUUUGGGAUCAUCAGGUGCUAUUAAGCUGGGGCUAGGAGACUUCAUAUUCUACAGUGUAUUAGUAGCCAGGGCUGCCAUGUAUGAUUUCAUGACAGUUUAUGCAUGCUAUCUUGCUAUCAUAGCUGGUCUAGGUAUCACUCUGAUGCUGCUUGCAUUUUAUCAGAAAGCUUUGCCUGCUCUUCCUGUGUCCGUUCUGCUAGGUGUCUUGUUUUAUUUGUUAACUCGGCUAUUGCUCGAGACUUUUGUUGUACAAUGUUCGAUGAACCUGUUGAUGUUUUAGGAACAUGAUUUUCUGGUUGACAAUGAUUACUUUCAAUUAAUGAUAAUUCUUCACUUGUAUC